CGAGCUCCGUCGGCCCCCCCAGCCCCUUCCCGCCGCCCCCGCCCCAGACAAGAUGUCAGAGGAUCUAGCAAAGCAGCUGGCAAGCUACAAAGCUCAACUCCAGCAAGUUGAAGCUGCAUUGUCUGGAAAUGGAGAGAAUGAAGAUUUGCUCAAAUUAAAGAAAGACUUACAAGAAGUUAUAGAACUAACAAAAGACCUUCUGUCAACUCAACCUUCUGAAACUCUGACAAGUUCAGACAGUUUUACUUCUAUCCAGCCUACUCACUCAUGGAAAGUGGGAGACAAGUGUAUGGCAGUCUGGAGUGAAGAUGGACCAUGAUAUCUUUACAGGUGUUAUGAAGCGGAGAUUGAGGAGAUAGAUGAAGACAACGGCACUGCUGCAAUCACCUUUGCUGGCUAUGGCAAUGCUGAAGUGACUCCCUUAUUGAACCUCAAGCCUGUAGAAGAAGGAAGGAAGGCAAAGGAGGACAGUGGCAACAAACCCAUGUCAAAAAAAGAAAUGAUUGCCCAGCAGCGUGAGUAUAAAAAGAAGAAAGCUCUGGAAAAAGCACAGAGAAUAAAAGAACUUGAGCAGGAAAGAGAGGACCAGAAGGUGAAAUGGCAACAAUUCAACAACAGAGCAUAUUCUAAAAACAAGAAAGGCCAGGUAAAGAGGAGUAUUUUUGCUUCACCUGAGAGCGUGACUGGCAAAGUUGGAGUAGGGACUUGUGGAAUUGCGGAUAAGCCUAUGACGCAGUAUCAAGAUACCUCUAAAUACAAUGUCAGGCAUUUAAUGCCACAAUAAUAAGAAAAACUGUUGGAUUUCAUCUCUGCAGGGCUUUACAUUUACCUUUUUAUCCUUAUAUUUUUCUAAAGGUAAAUUAUUUGUUAGACGAGUAAGGAAGAUGCCAUUGUUGUCCUUGUUUGACUUAAUAGAAUGAAACUUGAA